CUCUUGUGCAGCAGCCAUUUUGUCUUUCCGUUGCUGCUGCUGCCCGAGCUUCUUCCUCCCUCCCGCCGCCGCUGGCCGCGAAACUCCAGUUCCCCCCCGGGCCUGGCUCCUGCCGGACCCACCGCCUGCGGGCCGCGGUCUCCGCGAUCCCCGCACCGGGGCGAGGGCCUGGCGGGGACUCGGGAGGCCGAGAUCCGCCUGCUCUUGGCAGCGCAUGCUCUUCCCGCUCCCUGCCCCGGCAGGCACCUCCGCAGCCCCGUGGACCCCGCGCUCCGGCAAGCGCCGGGGCGCCUCUCCCCCGGGCGCGCCGCAUGUGACCGGCCCCGGCGGGCCCCGUCGCUCGUGGAGACGCUCCCCGGCGGCGUCCGCACCCACCUCCGCUCUGGGGGCGAGGGCUGAUCCUCCUCCCCGCCGCCUGGCCUGAGAGAGCAGCGCGCGCAGCACCUUCCCCUUGCCCGGCGCGGGGAGAGCCCGGCUUGACCCGAAGGCGCGGGGAGGGGGGCGCGGCGGAGGCAGCCCCUUCCCCAGCGCGCCCGCGACCUCCCCCGCCGCCGGGGCCGGCUCCCCUACUCCCCCUUCUCCUCCUCCCGCCUGCCUGCCCAUCGUCCCGCCAUGUCCAGCGAGGAGAGCUACCUGGCCAUCCUGCGCUACCUGACCAACGAGCGGGAGCCCUACGCGCCGGGCACGGAGGGCAACGCCAAGCGGAAGAUCCGCAAGGCGGCCGCCUGCUACGUGGUGCGCGGCGGCACCCUCUACUACCAGCGGCGGCAGCGGGACCAGCAGCGCUUCGCCGAGCUCGAGGUGGUGCUGCAGGCCGAGCGCCGCGCCCGCCUCAUCCGCGCCGCCCACCUGGCGCCCGACGGCGCCCACCGCACCCGCCUGCAGACCUGGCAGGGGCUCUCGCAGAAGUACUGGUGGCGAGGUAUUCUUAAGCAAGUUAAAGACUACAUUAAAGAAUGCAGUAAGUGCCAGGAAAAGCUAGAUCGCUCUAGAUCUUUGUCAGAUCCCUCUGAAAUGCUAGAGGAAUUAGGAUUGGAUGCAAAGUCUCAUGAAGACAGUAAUGAAACAGAUGAGGAAUUGAGUAAUACAGCAUCAGUUCCAGCUGCAUUCCCAAAGUCUGUGAAGAAGAAGCCAAUAGCGAAGCAUGAGCUUGUAUUUGUUGACAGUAAGGGCCUUGUGAAGCAGUCGUCUUCCAAACAUUGUCUGUCAGUCUUAAACCAACUGAAUCAGCAGAGGCUUUCCAAUCAGUUCUGUGAUGUGACCCUGCUGAUUGAAGGAGAGGAGUACAAAGCUCACAAAUCUGUCUUGGCAGCCAACAGCGAGUACUUCCGAGAGCUCUUCAUUGAAAAAGGAGCUGUCUCUAGUCAUGAAGCUGUAGUGGAUCUGUCAGGAUUUUGCAAGUCAAGUUUUCUCCCUCUAUUGGAAUUUGCUUAUACAUCAGAAUUAACUUUUGAUUUUUGUAGUAUGGCAGAAGUGGCCAUGCUUGCCCGACAUCUCUUCAUGUCAGAGGUCCUAGAAAUCUGUGAAAAUGUGCACAAACAGAUGGAAGAGAAACAAAUUACAGUGUACCAAAAGGGAGAUAUUCAAACAGUGGAGUCAACACAAAAUUUAGCAGAGCAGACUGAAGUUGAGAUGCAGCCUGUGGAUGGUGCUGAGCAGCAGCCUGUGCCAGAAGAGCUGUCAGCCAGUGAAGUGGCAGCAGCUGUGAAUGGUGCUCCUUCUGCUGAGCCAGAGGAGAAGGCAGCAGCACUCCAGGCUGACCUCCUGCCUCCAGAGCCUGCAGAAGCCACCACUGAUGAUCUUUUAAAGCCUGUGGAACAGUGUGAUGCAACUGGAAAUCAUGUCAAAAUGCAGCUGGUGGAGUGUGUGUCAAAUAGCACGGUGUCUGUUAUACAGGCUGAGCUGUCAGUUGUGGAAGCCAUGGACACACCAAGUCAGGCAAAAACUGAGAUGGAUCAGAAUGAAAGCAAUACAGCAAAUGCAGAGACUGCUUCUGAAGACUCCUCAGAAAUACUUAAGCAAAAUCAUGGCAGGCAAAGCAAAGAACAGAACAUUUCUGUUUUGCAGCUGGAAAAUGUAGCUUCGAGCCAGGAUGAUACUUACAAAAGCAAGCUUCGCCAGCGUUCUGUUAGUGAAGGUGGAUAUAUCAGAUUGCAUAAAGGAAUUGAAAAAAAACUGCAAAAUAGAAAGACGAAUCCUAAAUCUGCAAUACAGCAGGUUGCCAUGAAACUGGUACAAAGAGGGAAAAAAAUGAAACAGCCCAAAAGAGAGACGACAGAAAGUAAUGAAGCAGAAGCUCAGCACAAAUGCUCUGAGUGUGGAAUGGUUUUCCAGCGGCGCUAUGCACUUAUAAUGCACACAUUGAAACAUGAAAGAACUAAAGAUUAUAAAUGCCCAUUGUGUAAAAAAGAAUUCCAGUAUGGGGCCUCUCUACGAGCCCACCUUGUCCGACAUACACGAAAGACUGAGGUGAAUGCUACAGCUGCUAGCGUAGAAGAGACCGGCGUAUCUUCAGUGAAAGGGAGAAUUAAACGGGAAUUUAUAUGUGAUAUAUGUGGGAGAACGCUUCCUAAGCUCUAUUCCCUCAGAAUACAUAUGCUAAAACACACAGGAGUAAAACCACAUGCAUGCAAGGUUUGUGGAAAGACUUUUACUUAUAAGCAUGGAUUAAAAAUGCACUUAGCUCUCCAUGAAGUACAGAAACAAUUCAAGUGUGACUUGUGUGAAAAGUCCUUUGUCACAAAAAGAAGUCUUCAGGAACAUAUGAGCAUUCAUACAGGAGAAUCCAAGUAUCUCUGCUCCAUCUGUGGAAAAUCUUUCCAUAGGGCAUCAGGACUCAGUAAACACAUAAAGAAACAUCAGCCAAAGCCUGAAGUUCGUGGAUAUCAAUGUACUCAGUGUGAAAAGAGUUUCUAUGAAGCUCGAGAUCUUCGGCAGCAUAUGAAUAAACAUUUAGGUGUGAAGCCAUUUCAGUGCCAGUUCUGUGGGAAAUGUUACAGUUGGAAGAAAGACUGGUAUUCUCAUGUAAAGUCUCAUUCUGUCACGGACCCUUACAGGUGUAAUAUAUGUGGCAAAGAAUUUUAUGAGAAAGCUUUGUACAGAAGACACGUAAAGAAAGCCACACAUGGUAAAAAAGGAAGAGCAAAGCAGAAUCUGGAACGAGUUUGUGAGCAUUGUGGAAGAAAAUUCACGCAGCUCCGGGAAUACAGGAGACACAUGAACAAUCAUGAAGGUGUGAAGCCGUUUGAAUGUCUAACUUGUGGGGUAGCCUGGGCCGACGCACGUUCACUGAAGCGUCACGUGAGGACACAUACUGGAGAACGGCCGUAUGUCUGUCCAGUGUGCAACGAAGCUUACAUAGAUGCCCGGACACUACGGAAGCAUAUGACCAAGUUUCAUAGGGACUAUGUACCUUGCAAAAUUAUGCUGGAAAAGGACACUCUUCAGUUUCAUAACCAAGGGACACAGGUGGAGCAUGCCAUUAGUAUUUUAACAGCAGACGUGCAGGAACAAGAAACUGAGAUUAGCGUUGGUGGUGAGGAGAUUGAGACUGUGGUAGUGACAGGGGAGACGCUUGAGGCAAUCGAAGCAGUUGCAGCUACUGAGGAAUGUACAUCAGUGUCCACUCUUUCUGACCAAAGCAUCAUGCAGGUGGUGAAUUAUGUACUGGCACAACAGCAAGGACAGAAAAUGGCUGAAGUUACACAAGCCAUUGAAACUGUAGAAGUAGAAGUGGCCCAUGUUACAGAGACAGAGUGAAUAUGGUGUAGGAGAGAGCAAGAUGAGUGAGGUCUUAGAGCUAAGUAUUAACUGGAUAUCUGAGGCUUACAGUGAUACCAAUUUUCAAACAGUUCAUCAUCUGUGCUGAAUUUCUUGGUUACAAAAUAUUGCAUCAUGAAUUACAGGGAAAAAAUUAAGAUGCUUCAGGUGGACCAAGGCUUUGAAGACUAGGAUUUCUGCACUGGCUGUAACUGACUAGUUAAAAAAAAAAAAAAAAAAAAAAAAAGUCUGAAAAAUAGUUUCCUGUGUCAUGGAGUAUCAUGCUGUAAAUUAAAAAAAAAAAUGUAUAAAGAGGCUGCACUAAAAAUUAGAAAUACACAGCUACUGGUAGCGAGUUUUUGUUUUUUGUGUGCAUUUCAUCAUUUGUGAGCAAAUUAUGUGUUGGAUUCUAUCCUUCUACUCCCCAAGUCAACAUAAUGGCAGAAUGCUUCAUGCAGUGUGGACUUAAUGUGAUAUACAGAAAAUCUGAGGCUUUUGUCUUUGGGUAGAUGCACCACACACAGUCAGUAAAUCCUAGUUUUGCAGAACUCAUUUAAAUUCCAGGUCAGUAGGUGGCAGGUUCAGCAAAACCCUGUAGAAUGUAAUGGGCGAGGGUCCAUGGAAGUCUGAGGAAGUGGUACUCUGAGCCAGACCGUGAAUUUCAGUUUACUGAGGGACAGCCCACAGGGCUUAUGUAAGUAAACUACUCAUUAGUUGUAAGGAGCUUAUACUUCAUCCUUUGUGCACAACUACAUUUAGUUCAGUGAUGUUCAGUUGAUGAAGCUAUAGCCUGCUUUGUUGUACAGAUCCAAAACAGGCACCAUAAUGAUGGAUGUAGAGUCCAUCUAGUUUUGCAUUAAAUUUAAUGUAGAAGCUUUCAAAUUAAAAAUGUAAUUGUGCAUUUAUAUAUAUAUAUUUCAAUAUAAAUAUAUUGAAGACAUCCAACUAGUUUUGAUCAGAUCCUAACUUAUUAUAUUGUAUCUUGUUGAAAGGGAACAGAGGAGCUCUAGUAAAUCCCAAGUAGAACAGGCAUCAGGAUUGAGAACUAGAAAAUCUUGGUAUCAGGUAAGAAUUAGAUUUGUCUCAAAAUCAGUAAAAUCUGCAGAAGACCUUGUUACUGCAGCUGUAUCAAUACUUUCAAGGUAAGGUAGUUACCUGGCACAUCAUGCCACACUCAGUGAUGGAAAAACUCUUACAGAUUUUUCCGCCUAGUCCGUGUCAGUUAAUACUUUGUUUGGGCCAAAUUUAAACGCCUACGCUUUAGUACCACAAAAAGUGCACACUUCAGUCUGCAAGAGGUGUGGGGGUUUGCUUGUUUAAACAAGAAACAUACAUGCCAGGAGAAUAAUUUAAUGCACUAACCACAGGAACAAUCCUAAGUGUGUUCUGUAAGUUAUUCUUAGUCUCUAUAGUGUUAUCAUCAGAUGCUUUCCAACUUUGACUGCAGCAGGAUAGCCAGGGAGCCACAGGCCUGUAAUCUUCAGGGUAAACUUUGUAAAUAAAGUUACAUGCAUACAGCUGUGCAGUACUAGUGAAACAAAUCCAUCCAACAAAAUGUUAAACAAAAUCCAUGACAAAGUAACUAGCUCAUUUGAAUUAGUAUUUCUACCUUUCAUCUUAUUUAACUUUUGAUUAUCUGCCUACUAAGCUACUGAAUGGACAGUUCUCUUUAUAUUUUGUAAGUAUGUAGAUAAGCCUUUUUUUUUUUUUUUUUUUUUUUUUUUUUUUUUUUUUUUUUUUUUUU